AUGGACUGGAUCCUCGACAGCGGGUAUUUGCCCCAUGCCAUCAUCAGAAUAGGCAUCCGGCGACAGCUUCAGGAGCGCCUCGACUCCAUCGCGAGCACUUCCCUCAGCCUUGACUAUGAGCGCAAGAUGGCCUUCAUCGAGAAACUUCGCACCCAGCCUAUUGCCAUUGAGACUGCAACUGCCAAUAAGCAGCACUACGAGGUUGGCACCGGGGUCCUUGCUGCGUGUUUGGGUCCUCGUAUGAAAUACUCGUGCUGCCUGUACCCCAAGGGCGGCGAAACGCUCGCCCAGGCCGAGGUGGCCAUGCUGCAGACCUAUGUCGAAAAGGCCGAAUUGAAGGAUGGCAUGAGUAUCCUGGAUCUUGGCUGUGGUUGGGGAUCGUGUGCUAUGUACUUUGCCGAAGUUUUUCCCCACUCCAAGGUUACAGCCUUUUCCAACUCCAAGACGCAAAAGGAGUACAUUGAUGCCAAGGCCGAGGAGAAGGGACUCACGAAUCUUACCGUCAUCACCGGCAAUGUCGUUGACUAUGAGUUUGACCAAGAGUCGUUCGACCGAGUCGUUUCAAUUGAGCUGUUCGAGCAUAUGAAGAACUAUGAGCUCCUCAUGGCCAAGGUCGGGCGGGCACUGAAGCCUGGCGGCAAGCUGUUCGUUCACAUAUUUGCCCACAAGACCACGCCGUACGAUUAUGAGGAGGGCUGGAUGACCACGCAUUUCUUUACCGGAGGCACAAUGCCGUCGACUGAUCUUCUCCUCUUCUUUCAGGAUAACCUCAGGAUCCGAAAGCAGUGGUGGGUCAAUGGCCAUCACUACUCCAAGACAUGCGAGGACUGGCUGAGCAAGAUGCUUGCACACAAGAAGGAAAUCUGGCCACACCUGGUCGAGACGUAUGGGAAAUUGGACGCCAGCGCAUGGUAUAAUCGGUGGCAGAUAUUUUACUUGGCGUGUUCCGAGCUGUUUGCCUAUCAAGGCGGGGACACCUGGGGCGUCGCGCACUACCUGUUCGAGAAGCCCGGCAAAUGA